CAAAACACAUUUCAAUGAUUUAAAGCAAAGUUUAAAGAUAUUUUCCCAUCAGCACCAUCAUCAAUGCUUCUACUUAAAAUGAACUGUUAUGACUUCAAGGUUCAUUCUUGUAUUCUGACAAAAAAUCAUAUCCAAAUGUCCAUGUGAUAAAAAUGAAGCUUUAGCCAGCAGACAGUUAGCUUAGCUUAGCAUAAAGAUUGAAAACAUCAACAGCUAGCCUGGUCCUAUCCAGAAAGCCAGAAAUUCACCUACCAGCAUUUCCAAAGCUCGCCAAUCAACACGUUACAUUUCGUUUGUUUUAUCUGUACAAGUACCGAGGUGUAAAAAAAAAAAAAAGCAAUUCACAGUUUUAUGGUGGGUAGCUCUGAUCAGUUGCAGUUGCACUCAACAGACCCCAGCAAAAACAGAAAGUUUUCAUUAGUUUCAACAUGCAAAUUUGUCAACUUUAGAGAUGCUGGUGGAUAUUUUUACCUGUGAACAGAUCUAUGCAUGCUGUGUCCCCUGUUUCCAGUCUUUGUGCUAAGCUAAACUAACAAGUUGCUGACUGUAGACUACAGAACGUAGAGCUGCAACAAGUAGCUAAUUAGAUAUGCAUUGAUUUUGAUGAUUGUGUGUUUUGAUCAAAAAUACCAAACAUUUUCUGGUUUCAGUUUCUAAAAUGUGAGGAUCUGAUGCUUUCUGUUGUCUAUACAAUAGUAAACUGAAUGUAUUUGGGUUUUUGACUGUUGGUUGUAACAAAAAAAAGACUUCCAAAGAUGUAACCUUGGUCUAUGGGAAAUUAUAUAGCAUUUUUCAUUAUUUUCUGACAUUUUAUAGACAAAGCAAAUAAUCAAUUAAUGGAGAAAACGUCAGCAUUGACUUUCCUACACAGUAGUAAUGCACUACAAACAAAUGUAGUGGAAGGAAAACCAAGGACCAGUUACAGCUCUUGACCUGAUACAGCGUCAAACAUAAUCCUUUCCUGCGAAAGUGUUUUGAUAGAUUAAAGCCUUAUGGAUGCGCUGGGACGCAUCAUCAGUGAUGUGACCUGGGGUCAUCAGGUGUUUCAGGUCUUUCAACAUCAGACACCCUCUCCCAGGUGUCCCAACCCAAGUUGAUCAGACCCCAGCUUGUGUCCCAGCAGCAUUUGUCCACAGGUCCACCCUACUGCUUUUUCUGCGGCUUCUGAUGCAUUCUUGAUGGUUCUCUUCUUUGCCGGCCCUGUGAUGCCCAGCAUUGUAAAAGUCCUGCAGAGUGAACACCCAAGCAAAGCCUCUGCAACCCACCUCCACAGGUUCAUAUCGGGCCCACCAGCCCUGCCUUUGGGAUGCCACCACCAGCUCCAGCUAUUUCAAGGUUUCCUACCUGUGGCAUCAUAUCAGCUCCAUAGAUGCAACUAAUUGCAGAGACGUCAACGCCGACUUCAAAAACCUGAGCAGAAGAAGGAGAAGAAGAGGAGCUGGAGCUGAAGAGGAGAUAGAAGAAGAGGAGGAGGAGGAGGAGGACGAAGAAGAAGACGGUGAAGACCAAACGUAAAGAUAGACGAUCAUGAUUCACUCAAAUCACUCCAUCCACUCCGUCUUCUGCUGCUGCUGCUGUGCAGUACAGACCAGAGAGAUCAGCACCCGCAUGGAACUGGAGGGAAGAACCUCGCUGUGUUUCCAGAGCAGACGAUACCCAGGACACGCCUGCCGGGUCGACAGGUCGAGGAGGAAGCUCCCCCUCCCUCCUCCUGAUGAUGAGGAUGGUGAAGGCGGGGGGCUGCUGAGUGUCGUCGCCAUGUACGACUUCAGCGCCAAAGAAGACACUGACCUCACACUCAAACAGGGAGAGGAGUACAUCAUCCUCCACAAACAAGACCAGCUGUGGUGGAGAGCACAGGACAAACACGGGAAUAAAGGCUUCAUCCCCAGUAACUACGUGACAGAGAAAAACAGAAUUGAGGCAAACUCGUGGUACUGCAAGAACAUCACCAGGACAGAAGCUGAGCAGCUGCUGAGGCAGGAGGACAAAGAGGGUGGUUUUGUGGUGCGGGAGUCCAGUCAAAAGGGGGUCUACACCGUCUCUGUUUACACCAAAACAUUAAGUGCUGGUGGAGAUAUUAGGCAUUACCAGAUCAAAAUCACUGACACUGGACAGUUCUUCUUGGCUGAAAAACACACCUUCAACUCCAUACCUGAGGUCAUACACUACCAUGAACACAACGCAGCAGGUCUAGUGACAAGGUUGCGAUAUGCGGUGGGGCCAAUGGGAAGGUGUGUACCUGCCACAUCAGGAUUCAGCUCAGAGAAGUGGGAGAUCAAUCCCAGCGAGUUGACCUUCAUGAAGGAGCUGGGCAGUGGUCAGUUCGGCGUGGUGAGGCUUGGCAAGUGGCGGUCUCAGCACAGAGUGGCCAUCAAGGCCAUCAGAGAGGGAGCCAUGUAUGAGGAGGACUUCAUCGAGGAGGCCAAGGUCAUGAUGAGACUAUGCCACCCCAAACUAGUGCAGCUGUACGGAGUUUGCUUGCAACAGCGCCCCCUGCUGAUUGUUGCCGAGUUCAUGGAGAAUGGCUGCCUGCUGAACUUCUUGCGGCAGAGAGGUAGAGGUCUGAGGGAGGCCUGGCUUCUGUCCAUGUGCCAGGACGUAUGCGAGGGGAUGGAGUAUCUGGAGGCUCACAGUUUUAUCCACCGAGACCUGGCAGCCAGGAACUGUCUGGUUAAUGAGCACAACGUGGUGAAGGUCAGUGACUUUGGAAUGACCAGGUACGUUCUAGACAACCAGUACACCAGUUCCAGUGGUGCUAAGUUCCCUGUGAAGUGGUCUCCUCCUGAAGUUCUCCACUACAGUAAAUACAGCAGCAAGUCUGACGUCUGGUCCUUUGGUGUGGUGAUGUGGGAGAUCUACUCCGAGGGUCGGACUCCAUUUGAAAACCGCUCCAACUUGGAAGUGGUCAAUGACAUCACCAGAGGGAUCCGGCUGUACCGACCGCACCGAGCCUCACAACCACUGUACGCCAUCAUGUACCGCUGCUGGCACGAGAAGGCUCAGGGUCGGCCGCCUUUCUCUGAGCUGCUGGAGGAAAUAAGAAAAUUGGCAGAAAAUCCGGAUUAAUGCACGCACACACACACAAACUGAGUUUCAAACUAUAUUUCAGUGUUUUCAUGAUUGUACAGACUCUAUUUUGCCAUUGUAAAUAACAAUUUUUUUCAUUAAAGUAUUUUUAAAUAUU